AUGAAACAGAGAACAUUUGGUUUAUCUGAAAAUAUAAUACAAGAACGUGCUGAUAAAUUACUUAAGUCAUUUCAAACUUCAUUUUGGACUAAUCAACAUCAAUGGUUUGUUCGAUGUUUUAUAGAAUACCAAACUAUUUAUCUCUUCACUCUAUCUAAAACAUUAAAUUACGACGAGCUUGAUCUUUCUCAUUCAUUGAAAUCGACUGAUCCCCAUUAUGAUCAUCAAGAGUUUUAUAAUAGCAUCACUUCUAUACAGAAUUACAGAUUGUUUGAUCAACCAACUUCAUCCUACAUUCGUCUUCCUAAUAUCAAAGAUCUUAGGAUAAAACUUCCUCUUAAUGAUCAGUUUUGGUCUAUUGUUCCAAGUUUGAAUAUACUGGAAACACUUGUAGUCUAUUCACAUGCUGAUAGUUUUCAAUCUCAGUUGCAAGUUUUACUUGAUCGUGCACCUAACCUUCGCUGUCUAGAUAUCCGUCAAGAUGAAUCAUUAUCUUUACAAAUGUCAUUAUUCCAGUAUAGAACCUCAUCAGUUCGUCAACUCGAUUUCCGAGGUUAUAAUUAUUAUGUCAAUGAAGAAGAAUGUAUUAGAUUAUGUCAUUCACCAUUAUGUAUUCAAUGUGGAGUUCUUUUUAUCAGAAUUAAGAGUCGUCAUAGUACCAUUUAUCUUGUCAAAAAUAUGAUAAAUCUUCGAUCAUUACAUGUUAAACGUGACGAUGAAAAGUAUCAUAAACGAUUAGCAACAGCAAAGAAUAAUAAUGACAAAUAUCGUGAUGGAAACGUAGAAAAUGAAGAGGAACUUAUUGAUUGGUUAAAAGAUUGUUUACCAUCGACGUGUUUAUUCUCAAAAAAUGCACAUUUUCCUAGUGACAUUGUAAUAUGGAUUUGA